UGGCGCGAAAUGUCAUCUUGAUAUUUCAAUAGUUGAAGCAGCCGAUAGCAUGAACAUAACGUUAUUUUGUCUUCCAAGUAACACGUCUCAUGAGUUGCAGCCCAUGGACAAAUCCGUUUUCAGAAGCUUUGAAACAUUUUGGGAUCAAGAAGUUCUGCACUUUCUAACAACUAACCCUGGCAAGACCUUGACUAAAAUUAGAUUUGGAGAAAUUUUCACGACUGUUUGGUUGAAGGCAAUGACACCAUCAAACAUAAUUUCUGGGUUUAGAGCCACAGGGAUAUACCCAUUCAGGCCGGAUGCACUACCUGAGUCUGCUUACGCACCAAGUGCAAUUUCUCACAGAGAAGAGGAUAAAGAAAAUCGUGAACUCGGUUUUCAAAAUACUGUAGCCAGGACCGAGAGUUCCGAAUCAUCCGCAUCGAUGAAUAAUGUAUCUAAGGCAAGUACAAGUGGGAAUAAAGGACUGUUACAAAACAAGAAAGCAAAAAAAAUAUAUCGUGAAGCAUAUUCUUCAGAUAGCGAGCCAUUAUCGGACUUUAGUCUACAUGAUGAUACAUCCGCUAACACUUCUAGUGAAGAUGAACCCUUGGCUACUUGGAAACACCAAAAUAUCAACGUGGACAGAUUAAACGAAUGCCAUAAGCAAAGCUCAUUUUCCGUAAAAAAUAAACCGCCAAACACUUCUUUUGAUAGCGAUGAUGAAGUUCCACUCAUACUUCUCAAAAAUAGAGAGAAUAUUGUCUCUAAAACAGCCAUAAGCUCACCUCCAGACAAUUCAUUCACGGCUACAGGAUUACUAAUUACUCCCGAAAUCAAAGUACCCACGACAAAAAGAAAGCCUGCAUUGAACAGUAAAGCUCAAAAGCUUGCAUAGGAUUGACCAAAGAAGAUAAAGAAAUAUUUAUUUGUCCCUGUUGUAGUUGAAAAUUUUUCAAGUACCUACCAUUUUCAUCUACGAUUUUGAGUUUUAAAGUUUUAUUUUAUGUUAUUUUUCAAUAUUUUGUUAAUUUUACUGAAUGUUUUUAAUGUUCAUACUAUCUGGCAAUAAUAGGAGCACUGGUAAGCUUAAUAUUGUCACCAGAUAUUCUAAUAAAGAACUACGAUAAGUCCAUUUGUAUUCAUCCUAUUGAAAUGCCUGAAACAUAUGUUAUAGAAAAUAUAUUUCUCUGUGUAUAUCUCAGUUUUUAUUCCGUUACUGUGAAAAAUGAAAAUUAUUUAUGGCAAUAACUCUUAAGGUGGCAAUAUUUGGUAC